CGCCUUUUUGUCUGACGCUACGGUGCAUUAUUGGUUAUUGGAGAUUUGUCUCUUGGAUCGAGGAGGGGAAGAUUCUAGAAAAUAAGGCCUGGUCGCCAUCUUGUUCAGUUGAAGUUCAGAGGAACCGUCGCUUGAGCAGGCUACAGUGUGUGAGCACAAAUCAAACAUGGCUUCGGAUGACUUUGAUAUUGUGAUAGAAGCAAUGCUGGAAGCUCCUUAUAAGAACAAGGAGAAGGAGGAGGAAAGCCAAGACAAGGAGACAAAAAAAGAUGUAGACCGCAGCAGCAGCAGCCGCCAUGGGAGCAGAGGCCACAGCAGUAGUAGGAAGAGAAGCCACAGCCGAAGCCGCGAUCGGCGUAGAAGCCGAAGUCGCAGUAGGGAUCGUCACAGGCAUCGAAGCAGUAGGGAGAGGCCCCGAAGUCGAGAACGACGACACAGGAGCCGCAGCAGGAGCCGGGGGAGACGCUACAGCUCCCGAAGCCAUGACCGGCGCAGAGAAGAGCGAUCCAGGCAUCGUAGCCCUGGACGUCACUUUACCCGCAGCAAGAGCCGCAGUCCCAGACACCGGGAGAAAAGCCCUCUUAGGGAACCUGAAAACACAUUGACCCCAGAGGAGCGUGAUGCUCGGACUGUAUUCUGUAUGCAGCUAGCUGCACGCAUCCGUCCACGAGACCUUGAAGACUUCUUUUCCGCGGUUGGCAAGGUGCGUGAUGUGAGGAUCAUUUCAGACCGAAACUCCCGUCGAUCUAAGGGCAUUGCAUACGUUGAGUUCUGUGACAUACAGUCUGUGCCGCUAGCCAUCGGACUCACUGGUCAGAGGCUACUUGGCGUGCCUAUCAUUGUGCAGGCCUCACAGGCAGAGAAGAACCGUUUGGCAGCCAUGGCAAAUAACCUACAAAAGGGGAAUUCUGGGCCUAUGAGAUUGUACGUUGGCUCGCUACACUUUAACAUCACAGAAGACAUGUUACGAGGAAUCUUUGAGCCUUUUGGAAAGAUUGAGAAUAUUCAGCUCCUGAAGGAGCCAGAUACUGGAAGAUCUAAAGGUUUUGGCUUCAUAACGUUUGCAGAUGCAGAAUGUGCACGCCGUGCGCUGGAACAACUGAAUGGGUUUGAGCUUGCAGGGCGGCCUAUGAAGGUUGGCCGUGUGACUGAUCGUGUUGAUGGCGGUAAUGAUAUAUCCGUUUUGGACAGUGAUGAACUUGAACGCAGUGGUGUUGAUCUUGGAGCUACAGGUCGUUUGCAGCUCAUGGCUAAGCUGGCCGAAGGAACCGGCCUGCAGAUGCCUUUUGCUGCUCAGGCAGCUCUACAGCUAAAUGGAGCCAUUCCCCUGACUGCCCUAAGUCCGGCACUUUCUGCCCUGAGUCCAGCUCUCAAUCUAGCAACACAGUCCAUCUCCUCUCAGUGCUUCGAACUUUCGCACCUCUUCAACCCCCAGACCAUGUAAUCAAAGAAGUUGCAUUCCAGAUUCUACUGCAGGACAGCAGUACAAGCCCAGAAUUUCUCCUGAUGGAUGCUGGUUCCCUGCCAAACCAGCCAUGCCCGAUUCACUGAACAACUCAAGGAUAGACUUGUGAGAUCGAUGUAACCACUGAGAACUGAGCAGCCUUUUUGUAAAUAAGUUUUCCUACUACCCCAGGUUCCUGCGGCCGAUAACGCCUGUAUUCAUCAGUCACCCUCACCUAGAGGUUUUCAUUAUACUCUUUGACCCUUUCUUACCUAUGUACAGUCUGUCUCAACUUUGCACUAUGAUUCUGUUCUUCUGGAAGAUCUAUGAUCUGUAGAACUUGUAAAUACUGCUUGAUUUAGGUGGAUGUUGAUACUUGUGAUGGUAACCUACACGAGCACUGCAUACGUUUUGGAAGGUAUGUGUAAGGAAAGAUCGUCAUUCCAAAAAUCCUGGAUUUGUAAGACAGCCACAUGGUUGUGUUAAUGUUUAAAUCACCAACAUAUUUAAUCGGUAUCUUCCUCCA